UUAAGUUCCGUCUGUCAGUGAGCUGGAGUGAGUUUGACACGGUCGUGACUUUGUUCUGCGGCCUCUGUGAAGAGUUCAACAGCUGAAGCGGACAGACGACAGACCUGAAGACAACAGGUGUGAGUUCAGGAUGGACAUGAAGCAGUGUUGUGUGAAGCUGUCGGUGCAACCGUCCAGAGGACUCAUGGAUGAGAAGUUUAUCAUCCUGGUUCAGAACGCUCCACCUGGUUUCCAGCUGACUGUUCACGCCCUCCACAAGUGUGAAGAUGGACACAGCUGGGAGGCGUUUGGUCACUAUACUGCCAACGCCACAGGGACUGUGAAUGUCUCAGAGGAUCCCAGUCUGGGUGGGACAUAUUCUGGGGUUGAACCGAUGGGUCUACUGUGGAGCCUCAGACCAGUUCCAGGCAGCAAACCUGGACUCAGGAUGAGGAAGAUGAAUGUUCAGACUCCCAUGGAGGUCACAAUCUCGGUGUACCAGGGUCACCGGACUGAGGGCUUUGUGGAUCAGGUACCGCUGGCUGGUGUGGUGGCGGAGCGCUGGUAUAUGGCGCCCGGUGUCCGCAGGGUCCCGAUCACAGAGGGUGGACUCACUGCGACCCUCUUCCUGCCCUCAGGACCAGGGCCUUUUCCCGGCCUCUUGGAUCUGUGGGGGGGUGGAGGGAAGUUGGUGGAGUACCGGUCAGCGCUGCUGGCCUCCCACGGCAUCGCCUCUCUGGCCCUUGACUACCUGACACCCAAAAUCACCAUGGAAACUGGGAAGAUGGUGGACAACCAGUAUUUUGAGACGGCCUAUAGAGUCCUCCAGCAGCAUCCUCAGGUCCUCGGCAGCAGGAUCGCCAUGAUGGGUCUUUCCCUUGGCACAAGUGUCACCCUCAAAAUGGCUGUGUACUCCCAAGUUAUGAAGCUCAGUUGUGCGGUGUGUAUUAGUGGGAGUCACGUGCAGCCAAUUGACGGAUCUUUGGAACAAAUACUGGGUUGUUUUAACGAAAAUGCUUCGAAGACUCGCUUCAAUGAGGAGAACCAGGUGAUCUGGCGAGAUCUGCUGCUCCCCAUCCCCACCGACCCCACACUCAAAGUAGACGUGGGGCGACUCCAGUGUCCUCUGUUGCUGGUUGUAGGUGAGGACGAUCAGAACUGGCCCACCUACGAGUCUGCAAUGGACAUGAAGGAAAUGAUGGAGCAGGCAGGGAAUAGCCACUUGCUGACUGUCCUGUCAUAUCCGAACGCCGGCCAUUUGAUUGAACCUCCGUACAUGCCACUCUCCCGAGCAAGCACCUUCAGAUCAGUUGGCUUACAUAAGAGUGUGAUGGCUCUGUGGGGCGGAGAGACUGUGGCACAUUCUCGUGCACAGGAAGACGCCUGGAGGAAGACGCUGGUGUUUCUGAGGGAGAAUCUGUACGGUGGCAGGAACCCUGUCGCAACUUUAUUUUCCAAUCUGUAAUCAAGGCAUAAACUUAUGAUUAAAUGAAAAAAGUCCUAGUCAUUUCCCCCAUAGACAAUGUUACAUGAGCACUUAGUAUAGAUUGAAAGAUUGUGAUAUUUUCCUGGUUGAAUCAUCAGUAGAAAAGACCAACCUGCAUCCACAUGUACACUAAUCUGCCCAACUGAAAUGGGUAUGAAAAAGUUUUUAAAUAAAAUUAAGUUUUCAGAAGUGAUUUAAAAAGA